AUGUCCACGGCAGAGCUAUGCCGGGACCGGGUACUGUGGGCAGCCUACACCCGCGGGUGCGACGACCGCACGGCGGUCUUCCGCACGGCGACCAACUUGGGUCCGACACCCGCGAUAACCGACAGGUCCCGGAGCCCAAGACGGCCCGUACAGCUAGCUGGCACACCGCGACCGCCCCCGAUGCCGCAGUCCACACGGUUGCUCCAACUACCCCCCCAACCACUCAUGCCAGCACCGGUCCCACGAACAAGAUCGUCCAUACCACCAGCACCACCCACGACGAACAAAAUGGACCAGAAAAGUGCCCAAUGGCCAUCGCCAGCGCCGAAACGAAAUUCGAGGCAACGCCGGAACCAGGCUCGAAUGCGGGAACACCGGAGAAAGAAAAAGACCGCCGAACCCACCACUUCCCAACAGUUCCGCCUGGAAAAACCGGCACUACCAACCAUCCAACCGGCACCAGGCCCGAAGUCGCUGGAGGCAGCCAACACGCCUGUCCCCGAGGCCAAGGCACAGGCCACCGCCACCUCAAUACCGGUAGAUAUGGAAAUAUCACUGGAUGAGGAGGCGGAGCUGCUGUGUGGCAUGGAUGUUGGCCCCCCCAGAUGA